CUACGUAGAUUUACAUCAGAUGUGAAGAUCAAAAGCAUCUCAGUUGUUGGUGGUGCUGAUGGGACAAGUCCUGCAAAGAUGAGAGCUUUCAUCAAUCGGGACGGUAUUGAUUUUUCAGAUGCUCAGAAUAUGCAACCUGUUCAGGAGUGGGACUUGGUUGAAAAUCUGCAAGGAGUUCUGGAGUACCAGACAAGAUAUUCUAGGUUUCAAAGUGUGGGAAAUAUUACAUUGCAUUUUCCAGAGAACUUCGGUGGUGGGACAUGUCAAAUACAUUACAUUGGCUUAAAAGGAGAAGCAACGCAGCUGAAGAGAGAUGUUGUCGCUACCAUUGUUUAUGAAGUCAUGCCAAAUCCUUCUGAUCACAAAACACAAGCUGAGACGGGUGGUGGCCUAUCACAAGUCGAAUGACGUUUAUGACUAUCUGAGCAGCUGGUGCUUCCUAGAAUAGCAGUUUACUUUGACACAACUCUCAUCAAGGAUAGAUCUCCCCAGUAACUCUAGAAAUACCCCCGUCUGUUCUAAAUAUUCGAAAAUCUCUUUUUCUAGAAUGCUAAUGCAGUUCGUAUCUUUGGAUAACUAAUUAUCUUUUGGUGAAAAUAAAAUGCUGUGAAUUUUUCAAUAG